UCACCAGUGGUCACUAUAGCGCUUCUCCCUUCAGUGAGUAGAAUCCACUUGCAGACCUGCAUUUGUGGGUCUAUCCCUGCGAUAACGUGUGGUGCUGUGGCUCUGCAAGUGGAUGCUAUUUUAGCCUUCAGUCACCUGUGUGUUAGUUUAGUUUUGCACCGAUCGAGAUGUCGACGACGCAGUUCUACCACUGUUCGUGUUUCUAUACGGAUAAUAUUUUUCUGACAGAGUUCAAACUUCACAUUAAAUUUUGAGAAAGCGUGGCUGUUCGACGACUGAGCACUUCCAGAAAGUCUUAAAACAGAUUGAAAAGGAGAUUUAUCGAAGAAAGCUGCUUGACGAGGAAGCGAUAGAGAGAUCUGCAAUGAUUCGUGAGAUCUACAAACCAUUCCACCGACAUGUAUAUGUGCUACAGGUACAGCGCGACGUCCCAUAGGGAAUCCUAUCUAGCCCCAGAAUUUCUAGAAAUUGUUACAUUUUCAAAGUGUGAAAAUGCCUCCAUGGACAGGCUGCCAAAGAGCAUCGUGCAGCUUGCAGCUCCAAGGACCUAUCGUAUACCUGUGUUUACUGAAGAAUUCUGCAGAGAUUUCAUUGAAGAACUGGAGAAUUUUGAGCAGUCGGAAGCACCAAAGGGAAGGCCAAACACAAUGAAUAACUAUGGGGUUUUACUAAAUGAACUGGGUUUUGAUGCCACUUUCCUGACUCCCCUCCGAGAGGCCUAUCUGUGCCCUGUGGCGUCGCUGCUCUUUUCUGAUUGUGGAGGGGAUACUCUGGACAGCCAUAAAGCAUUUGUGGUAAAAUAUGCUUUGCAGCAAGACUUGGAUUUGAGCUACCAUUACGACAAUGCGGAGGUCACUCUGAACGUGUCAUUGGGAAAAGACUUCACGGAGGGGAGCUUGUAUUUCGGGGACAUGAGACAGGUUCCAAUAAGUGAAACAGAAUGUGUGGAGAUUGGACACGAGACCACACAUGGCCUUCUGCAUCGCGGGCAGCACAUGCAUGGCGCUCUUCCCCUCACAUCCGGGCAGCGCUGGAAUCUCAUUAUAUGGAUGCGAUCCUCAGUGGUGCGCAACCAGCUAUGCCCCAUGUGCAAUAAGAAGCCGGAGCUGGUGGAAGGAGACGGAUUUGCAGAUGGCUUCACAAGAGAGGCGCCAGCACCGAGUGCCAACACAGACUCCUGUGUCGUGAUCUAAAAUGUGAGGCUGUGAAAUGUGGCUGAUGCACUUUAAUCCAUAUUUCAAAUAAAGAAAUACUAUAUAUAGUUUAUAUGUGGAGGUGGGAUGGAACAGACAAACAGUUACAAGUGGUCAGGCUGGGCAAGCUCAGAAAAAUGACAGCUUAUACAAGAGAAGGCGGGCAAACACAGUCUUGUUCAUAUUGAUAGGUCGCCCGGGGCCUUAUCUGGAGGCCUGGUUUUCUUUUUUAUUUUAUCCUUAAUUGUCAAAAUGUGCUGAUUUAGUUGAAAUUUUCAAAGAGAAUAUUUUCUCGUAAUUUGUUUAUAAUGUUAGUAUUUAUGAAAACACCAAGGUAGAGCAAGAGUGCCAUUUAUAAGUUGACAUUCCUAAUUAGCUGUAGUUGAAUCGAAUGUGUAAAACUUGACAUCUUGCUCACUUCAAUAUUUGGCCACAUAGCAGCUUAAACCUGAAUUUGGUCAAGUUUAGAGGUUUUCUAAAUUUGGUCUUGUUAAUUCGCUUAAUACAUUUUUAUCAUUUAUAAAAAAAACAGCUGCAUCUCCAUGGGUGCACUUAAAUCACCCACCUGGGGUCUCAUGACAGGUUUUCUUCUACACCAAGUGAGUGUCACCCAUUGAACUGCUGUUUUGUAUUCUGGUGAUUUCUCCACGUUGCAUUCUGUAAUUGAAACGUAAAAAAAGAAAUGGGCAGUUAAUUUAUUCUCAAUUAUGUGUUUAAAAAAAUAAAUAAAUAAAACAGCACAAUUGUCAGUGCGGAUGUUGUAAACACAUUCCAUAUUUUCUGGUGGUCAAACUUUCAGGUUUACUCUAAAAUCA